AUGUAGCAAUCAGAUUAGACUUAAAAUAUUUUACAAAAUGAAAGCUAAAAUCAAUAGAAUAAUGUUAAUCCAGCUAAUUAACUAUGGAUCCAACCUCUGUCAUUAACUCAUGAAGAAGCUUUGGCUAUAUUACCUCCUCUUCCCGAUAACAUGAAUAUCUUACAUACUUUACACAAUCAAUCACCUAAUUGUAAAUGUUGUGGAGGUAGAUAUUAUGAAGAGUCAGUUAUUGACAUACCAGUUUUAGGUAAGUUAUCUUGGAAAAUGGAUUUUACUAUGCCUUCAUAUUGUUGUAUUGGAAAGGGGAAACAUCUUUUGUAAAGCCUUUUGAACAUUUUUCCAUAAAGGAGUAUAUUGCUAAAUAAAGUUAAAGAUUAACCUCGCUGUUGUUGCUGCAACAAUGAUCAUGUCUUUUAAAGUACUAAAUAUUUUUUGGAAAAUGAACUCAUUAAUUUUGAAUUGACAGAUUAUGGUAGAUUGUAUAUUUAAGGAGUUUUAGUGCUAGAAUUUUAAUAAUGCUAUAAAUCUAUACAUGAUAUUUUAUUUGCAUCUGAAGAUUCAACAAUGCCUUAAAUGAUGGUUUAUUAACCAAACCACAGAUAAAAUAAUAAGAUAAAGUUUAAGGCUGAAAAAAAUAAUUGCCCUGAGCACCCAUAUUCACUUUCUGGCUGGUGUUCAAUUUGUGAUUGUAGAAAAUUAGAAAGAAAAUUUGAAAUUUCUGGUCUAUCUUAAGGUGAUUGCCAAAUCAUUAACACAAGAACAAAAAAACAAGCAUGUUAUAAAACUUGCGGAUGUAAGGAUGUGUGCUCUUGUGAUUCUUGUAGAUACGCAGAUUAUCCUAAUUAUUAAAUCACUUUCAACAAUGUCACAAAAUUAGAAAAAUUAGCUAUAAUCAUGUGUUUGAUUCACUUUAUGAUAUACAAUGAAUGGGAAUUUACAAAUUAUUAAGGUAUCUAGCUUAGCAGCCAAAUAGAGAGAGCUCAUAGAUUAGCAGUUCAGUAAUAAAAGGAUAGUUGUUGUUCCAUUUUUUGA